UAUAGUCGAUACUACAAAUUCUCGUCAAAUCAACGAUCUUUUUGGUGUAAUUAAAUUUAGAAAAGAGGUAGAAAAUAAGGAAAUAUUAUAUAGUAGUAAAGACAUUAAAAUCUCCAAUGAUAGUUUAAUCUUGGUGAAUCAAAUCUUUGACCAUUAUGACU